UCAUGGAGGAAGGCAAAGGAUCCCUGUUGGUCUUGGGCCAGCAGCCUCCCACCCACCCAGAGACUAAUCUCCUGGGCACACACUGACUGAACAACCAACUUUGAUUUCCGCUGUCCUCUGAACUUGGGAACAGAUUCAACUGACUUUUGCCCCUGGGACAGAGGAUCUGAACCACUGUCCCAAUCCAAAUCUUCAAAGGGAUUGCCAGUCUGAACCCUCACUCUCUGAAGUGGAAAACCUUACAUUCCGCCACAAGUCUGUCUGGGCCCAGGAGACUCUGCCCCACCCAGAGGACCCUGGGAUACCCAGGAGACACUACCCAGGCCCAGGAGACCCUGCCCCCACACAGGAGCCCCUACCUCAAUCUAGGAGACCCUACCCCAGUUCAGGAGACCCUACCAAGGACCAGGAGACCCUGCCCCAUCUGGGAGACCCUACCCCAACCCAGGACACCCUGCUCCAGUUCAGGAAAUCCUACCCAGGAGACUCUGCUCCACCCAGAAGACUCUGGAAUACCCAGGAAACCCUGUCCCCACGCAGGAGCCUCUACCCCAACCCAGGAGACCCUACCCAGGACCAGGAGACCCUGUCCCAUCCAGGAGACCCUACCCCCAGUCAGGAGCCCCUGCCCCAGCGUAGCCACCACACUACAGCCAUGAUGGAAGAAGACACAGAAGUAUGGCAACAAGUAUUCCAGGAGCUGAUUCAAGAGGUGAAACCAUGGCACAAAUGGACCCUCACACCAGACAAGGACCUUCUUCCUGAUGUUCUGGAUCCUGGAUGGACACAAUACCAGCAAAAGACCUUUGCCAGGUUCCUCUGCCCCAGCUGCUCUCGCAGUUGGGCCUCUGGCUGUGUCCUGGUGGUCUUCCACAUGCGCUGGUAUAAGAAGAACGGCAAGGGACGUGUGAAGAUGAGGGUCUUUGCUCAGAGAUGUAACAAGUGCCCUGAGCCUCCAUUUGCAGCUCCAGAGUUCAGCUGGGACAACAUCUCGAGGAUCUUGAGCAAUCUGGUCUUCAGAAUUCUGAGGAAGUGCUAUGGAGAAGAGUUUAAGGAAAUGGCUGAGAUUCCUUUGCUUGGAGACAGGGGUCUCGAAGGCCCACAUGACAGCAACAACUGUGAGGCCUGUCUGCAGGGCUUUUGUGUUCAGAGUAGCUCAGGCCUAGCCUCAAAACCACCAGCAUGCCCAUUGUCUCCCGCCUCCUCUAGGUCAACUAGGGAGCCUAUGGUCACUGUCACACGCAGCAACGUCUCCUGCUCACAGCCUUCCUCUAAAGUGGGAAAGCCCCAAGCAUCAAAAGUGGAAGCCAAAGCCAGUAACCCUACCAAAGCUGACCCCAAGGUUAGCCACACCUUGAACCCAUCAACUGUCCCAAUCUUGACAACCCAACAGUUGGCACCUGUAAGCUCACCUGCUCCUAGAUGUGUCAUUCAAAUGCCUUCUCCCGUCAAGAGCAGCGGAACAGCAGGUACGGGAAACAAGAACUCCAGAUCCAAGAUCCCAGAGGCAUUGCCCCCGUCCUCUGCAUUUGUCUCAACCAUUUCCUCCUCAUUCAUCCUACCCACUUCCUCCUCCUACGUCCCACCCACUCCCGCGUAUGUUGUUCCCAAUUCUGGGAGACCACGAGCAAACAUCACUGGCCAGGUAGAGAGAAGCAGCCAUAUCCACCCAGCAGAUGAAUCCUGCUGCUGCAAAGCUUGCUGCGGGGCCUGCCACGAGUGCUGCAGCAAGAGCUGCGAGUGCUGCUGCGGAUGCUUCUGUGAGUGCUGCAAGGGCUUCUGCACGGGCUUUUGUAAUUGCAUGGAACAUAAACCAUUUCGACUGCUGGUCUUUCUAAUCUUUGCAGCUAUCGUUGUGACACUUUCCAUAAAAUAUGGCUUCUAAGCCUUGAAGAGAGAAUGCUGGGUGGCAAAAAAAAAAAAAAAUGUUUCAACAUCCCAAAAAAGUCAGAUAUUGUGUAACCCUUUAUACGAAACAUCAAUAAA